CAUCACUGAGUGCGGAGUAGCGGGGCCAGCGGCUAUGAAGGUCUGGAGCUCCGAGCACGUGUUCGGCCACCCGUGGGACACGGUGAUCAAGGCAGCCAUGCGGAAGUACCCGAACCCGAUGAACCCGUGCGUGGUGGGCGUGGACGUGCUGGAGCGCCGAGUGGAUGGCCAUGGGCGGCUGCACAGCCUGCGCCUGCUCAGCACCGAGUGGGGGCUGCCCAGCCUCGUGCGCGCGAUUUUGGGGACCAGUAGGACUUUGACAUACAUCAAAGAGCAUUCUGUUGUGGAUCCAGUGGAAAAGAAAAUGGAACUUUGUUCCAGCAAUAUCACACUCACAAAUUUGGUGUCAGUGAAUGAGAGGUUGGUGUACACACCUCACCCGGAGAACCCUGGAAAGACUGUGCUCACACAGGAAGCCAUCAUCACCGUGAAGGGGAUUAACCUUGGCAGCUAUCUGGAAAGUCUCAUGGCAAACACGAUAUCAUCCAAUGCCAAGAAGAUACCUGACUCAAAAACUCCAAGAAGACAGGAAGGAAGAGAAAGAAGAUGGAGAAAGGCGAGCUAGACGUGGCUCUGGCCUGUCUGGAGGGGAACCUGCUGGCACRGAAGCCCUGGUGACCUUGGAGCAGCCCUCAGCGUGCAGGCUGCGGUCAUGGGCAUGCGGAGGCUGCAGGAGUGCUAGAACCCAGCGCCAGUCCACGCCAUGUCGCCACUGUGCCCUGGGCCUGYUCUGGGCCUUUGCUGCCUCUCCCUGGCAUGGCCCCCAGCGCUUUUCUGCCAGUGCUGGGACCUUGCUGYGAGAGCUCCUUCUUAUGUCCCCACUGAGCCCUGUCCCUCUGCAGAGCUGACACUGUCCCUGCCCUCCACCUGAAUGUGCCCUCCAUGUUUCAUAGAUACAGUCUCUGAUCCAGAAGCUUCCUUCUGCCCCAGGUUCCCUCUGUACUCC